AUGGAAGAAUUACUCUCUGAUGUACGACGACCUUCUUCUGUGACCGUAAAGAAUAAAGCCCCUGCCAAGGUACAAAUCACUGCCGAGCAGCUUCUACGCGAGGCAUGGGAACGCAAAGAGUCCGGGCCCUCUGCAGUCCCGAAACAGCAGAUCACAGAUAAAGAAGAAUUGCAAGAGUACCAACGGACAGAGCGGAAGCAGUUCGAAAUGCGCAUUGUUCGCAAUCGCUCGCAUACGCCUCUCUGGAUACGGUAUGCUCGUUGGGAGGAGUCCCAGGAGGAAUUUACAAGGGCACGAUCUGUGUUGGAAAGGGCUAUCGACAACGAAUACCGAAACCCUGCCAUAUGGCUUGGGUAUGCGGAAAUGGAAAUGCGACAUCGGUUUAUCAACCACGCGAGGAACGUGCUUGACCGCGCCGUGGCGCUCUUGCCACGAGUGGAUCAACUGUGGCUCAAAUAUGCCCACUUCGAGGAACUCCUAGAUCAGGUUGAGCUCUCGCGUCUCGUCUACUCGCGAUGGCUCAAGUGGAUGCCCGGUCCGUCUGCGUUUUUCGCUUUCAUACGGUUCGAACUGCGGCAUGGCGCAUAUGGGCGAGCGCGGAGUGUAUAUGAAGAAUUAGUUCGUGCACACCAAACGUCGCACUCGUACACCAAGUAUGCCAAGUUUGAAGAGAGGCAAGGAGAGAUGGGGCGUGCUCGAGGGGUUUACGAACGGUCAUGCCAGGACUUGCCUACCGGGCAACAGACUGCCGGACUCUUCCUUUCCUUUGCGCGGUUCGAAGAACGCCGAAAGCAAACUGAACGCGCUCGUGCGAUUUACAAAUAUGCCAUAGAAAAGCUGGGCAAUGAAGGUGUGGAGGUUGAGCGUUUGGAGAGAGCGUUCAUUUCGUUUGAGAAACAACAAGGCGAGCGAGACAUGGUGGAGGAGGUUGUAGUGCGGAAGAAACGAAAGGAGCUACAAAAACGUGUAAAGGAGAACGGACACGACUACGAUUCAUGGUUUGAUCUGCUAUUGCUAGAGGAAGGUCAUUCGGGGAUAGAGCGCACUAGAGAUACUUAUGAACAGGCUGUAACAAACAAGCCGCCGGCUCAGGCAAAGAGUGGAUGGGGUCGAUACAUGUAUCUGUGGAUUGCCUAUGCCAUAUGGGCAGAGAUGAGUGAGGGAACCCCAGAAGCCGGAGUGGAAAUAUAUAAACGGGCUGUGAGAGCGGUGGGAAAGCGGAAGGAAGGCGGGUGGGAAUGGGUUGGGGGACGUAUAUGGGUGCUAUACGCCCAAGGUCGCGUACGAAUGGAAGAUGUCCCCGGGGCCCGAAAGGCGUUGGGAACAGGGCUCGGAGUCGGGGUUGGGGCACGAGAGGAGGUGGAGAUAUAUCGUGCAUACGUGGAGCUGGAGCGGGGGCUUGGAGAGUUUGGAAGGGCGAGGAAGGUGUACGAAGGAUGGGUUGAACGAGAAGUGGAGCGCGGCGGGACGGAGGGAUUUGAGGAGUUUGCAGAAUUCGAGAAGGAGAUGGGUGAACUGGCGCGAGCGGCAGGUGUGCUGGGCGUUGCCGUGGAAGCAGGGGUUGGGGGAGAGGAAAUGUGGGCGAGAUAUGUGGCUGCGGAAAGGGAAAUCAAGGGGUUGGACGAGAUGCGAGAGAUUUAUGAGAGGUAUGCAAAGGAGUGUAGCGGGGCGCGAGCGUGGGUUGAAUACGGGACGGUUGCGGGGAGGGAUGUUUGGGAGAGGGGAGCGCGAGAACUGCGAGGACGGGCUGUGGAACAUGGUGGGAAGUGGGCUGAAGAGUUGAGGACAAUGGUAGAGGCUUGGGUGCUGUGGGAAAGAAGCGAAAGCGGGGAUGUUGCGAAGGCGCAAAGUUGGUUGCCGAAGAGGGUGCGGCGAAAGAGGCCGAGGAUAUCAGCUGAUGGUACACACAUUGGGUGGGAAGACUAUUGGGUCACUAUUGUUGAACAGGAGGAGGAUGUUGCGGAAACGGGCCUGCUGCUGUUGAAGGCCGCCAGACGGUGGAAGGAGAAGCAGGCCACUGUUGCUGGGUAA